UCUACAUCAACACAAGUUAAAUAUAUAAAUAAAAUAUGAAAGAUAGAACAUUAAUACAACGUAAUUUUUUCAAUAACGUAUGAAGGUCAAAUUUGAAGAUAAUUUCUUUUUUACAUAAUUUUUAUUCAAUGCGCACGAGCAUAAAACGAAAGUAAUACGAUUACAAAAUCACAAUCGUGCGACAGAUGUCAAUAACGAAAAAAUUUUACUGAAGUAUACAAAUGUGACCUAACCUUAAAAUAUUCAACACCUGUUUUCUUGAACAAAUCCUCAAGAGAAAUAUAUUCAGAGGUCUUUAUAUAAAGAUGUACAUAUGAAUCUCCAUUGAUAAAGGAAAGGCUUUCAUGAAACAAUACAAUUCUAAUUAAUUAUACUAAGAUGGAAUGGUCAGACAAACUAAAUGAAUUUUACAAAAAGAUUCAAAUGUAUCUAAUGAAAAUGAGUCAAGAAUGUGGAGAAUUGAAAUUACUUACUUUGUGCAUUACAACUGAGAAUAAUAAUCAUAUUGAACACAUAUGUAAAUCAAUGAACAAUAUAUUUAAAACCUAUAAUAUACCUAUAGAGGAAAAGACUUCUAUAAAUAAUGAAAGAUGUAUACAGUCAUAUAAAUACUUAUUAUUAAAUACUAAUUUUGAGAAUCAAGAACGUUUGGCAGAGGAUCUUGUCAGUGGUCACUUGGUUGAUAUGUGUCCACCUUUAUCUCCAUAUUUGCUUAUACAAAUAUUAUGGAGUCUUGAGUAUGAGGAGGUUUUAAUCGAAUCUCUUUUAUAUAUGCCACUUGAUCUAUGUACAGAGGUGGUGAAAACAGUUACAAAAUGUAUAGACAGAUUACCCUUUCAAAGAUUAGUUAAAGCUAUAUAUCAAUUGAUACUAAUCAUAUACACUAAAUUCUCUCAAUUAAAGGAAUGUAGUGUACAGUCCAAGAAUGUCGAGGAAAGCGUACAAAAUUUAUUAAUGAGUUUUGAAGAAUUCUUACCAUUGUUAACAAAUCCAAAGUUACCUUAUUUAAUAGAAGCAUCAGACUUAAAGAAAUGUGAACGACAUGGUAUCAUAUUAAAGAAGCUAAUUUGUACAAUAAGAAAAUGUUUGGAAAACAAAAGUAAGAAGAUAUUGAUUUCUAGUGAACUUGAAAAAUUGUAUAACAUUACAUUUGGAAGAGAAGCACUUGUAAAGUGUGAAAGUACAUUGAUAGAAAAUACUAUAUCGACAUUAAAUCAACAAUUGGUGAACUUAUUGCUGACUAAAGUCAAAGAAGUUGAUUGUAAUAUUUACUUAAGCUGGGCAGAGUUGGAUGAUCAAGAGAACAAUAUGAUCUCUUUACAACGUUCCAUUGGAAUUGAAUGUUAUUACUUUAUAGAUUAUGUAUCAAAUAAUAAGGAAAUAUCGGAGAACACACAUUUGAUAGAAUGUUUACAGCAAUUAUCAUGUAAAUCAGAUCCUAAACAAUCGAGCUUUGCUUUAAGUCUAUCAGAACUCUGUUGUGCCAUACAUAGUGGUAAAAAGGAGCUCAUGAGAGAAUUACUAUGUAGGUACAAAGAAUGGGACCGCACGGUGCUUGAUUUCAUUUAUGACAAUAGAUCAUUACUAGAAAAAAAAGACUGUUUAACACUGUUAGAAUAUCUUACUUUUGUUCUUACACAAUCAACAGAGGAAGAUUUCAAAGAAUUCAGUUACACCUUAGUUAUAAAAAUAUUAUCGUGUCAAAGUGUAACAGAUAUUUACGAAAUUAUAACAAUGUAUUUAACGAAAUAUGAUGGUAAAAGUUAUUUAGAGUGUCCGCACACAGAUGAAGCAUUUCACGAGUUUAUUAUGCGAAAUACAAAUUUACAAACUUCCACAAAUUUAAAAACGGUUUUACUGUUUCUUUUAAAAAAUCCUAAAAUGGUACUAAUAGUACUUUUGAAAAUUACUAUUGGUCAUUCUCAUUAUAGAAAUAUUAUGAUUUCUCCUAAUGAUUUACUUUUACUAUCACCAUUUAUGCAAAUAAGAGAAGGCAAUAAUCAAAUAUUAUUGACAAGUGUGCUAAGAAUUAUUUGUAUAGAAAAUACAGAAUGGAAUGCUAAGAAAUUCAUGGACCUCGUGAAUAUCAUGUUAGACAAUUCUGUAAUUAAAGUACAUGACUUGAUAAAUAACGUUUAUAUACCAUAUUUAAGGCAAGAUACCUUUAAUGUAUCAAACAUAAAUUCUGUUCUUACUAGUAUUCGCAAACUGCAGGCGAAAUGUACCAAAGAUACGAAUAUUAAAGACUUGAUAAUAGCUCUUUCAAGAAGAAUGUCGUUCCUUCGAAAAAAUACAAGCAUCUCCAAAUAUGUAAGCAAUGAAAUAUUUAUUCAGAUAACAAGAAUAUUGCCAUGUUUUUUAGAAAACAAACAUUUUCCUGUUUCAAUGAAAAAAGACAUUAUUGAUGGGAUUGAUUCUGUCAUCGAACCAAUAGACAAGUUACAUUUCGCUUCCCUUUGGUAUUUUAUACAAAAAGGCGUCAGUGUAAUUUAUAUAAUCGAAGAUUAUCAAAGACGUUGUUUUGCUGUAUUGAACAGAUUAAAGGAAGAUCCAAAAACUUCAGAAAAAUUGCGACAUUAUUUGUCUAAUUUAAAUUUAUUACGAGAAGACUUUCUGCGCCAUUUGAUCAUUCGUUCGACCGAAGAAGAAUAUCAGAGAAUAUGUUCUGAGCUUACUAUAAUUUAUUGGUUCGUUUUUGGAUGGAAUGACGUAAUCGAUGCAUACGAUCAUAUUCUACGUGUGACGAUAGAGGCGUGUUGUUUAUCUCUAGAAUAUCCAUCUAUCGGUGGAUACGAUUUAUUCACAUUUUUACUUAGAUCUUUCACGCGUUUCUGUAGAACUUUUGUAUCGCUUGAAGGAAUAGAAAAUUAUGAGCAAAUAUACCAAACGUUAAUUAAAAAUAUCAAGCAACUCGAUGGAAGCAUAAGACAUAGUCCUUAUGCGGAUCUAUUCACUACCUGUAUUACACAUUUAAAUGAUCAGACAGAAAAUUAUUCUGCAAAUUUUCUGCAAGAUGUUUUAAACACUUUUCAUCAUUUCAGAGAUCAGUGCUUUGAAUAUAAUAAGUACAAUGAAUAUAGUGAAGCAAUAUAUAAAAUACCUCAUUCUCUAAAAGUUUCAAAUUGUUAUGUAACUUACGAAAUAAUUUCUGCUUGUAUGAAAGUACCUGCAACAGAAGCUUAUGAAUGUAUUAGGAGAAUGAACGAUCUAUUUGUCCCGAAAUAAAUAAAAGUGGGAAUGGAUUAUGAA